AUGCAGCGUGAGUCUGGGAAGAAGAAGCAGGAGAAGAAGGGGGACAAGCGGCUGUUUGACGCCAUGUCUUUUGGGAAGGACCUCCUUGCGGGCGGUGUCGCGGCGGCAGUGUCCAAGACGGCAGUGGCCCCCAUCGAGCGUGUGAAGCUGCUGCUGCAGGUCCAGGCGUCGUCCAAGCAGAUCAGUCCCGAGGCGCAGUACAAAGGCAUGAUAGAUUGUCUGGUGCGGAUUCCCCGUGAGCAAGGUUUUUUGAGUUAUUGGCGUGGCAAUUUGGCAAAUGUUAUCCGGUAUUUUCCAACACAAGCUCUGAACUUUGCUUUUAAGGACAAAUACAAGCAACUUUUCAUGUCUGGAGUUAAUAAAGAAAAACAGUUCUGGAGGUGGUUUUUGGCAAACCUGGCUUCUGGUGGAGCUGCUGGAGCAACAUCCUUAUGUGUAGUAUAUCCACUAGAUUUUGCCCGAACCAGAUUAGGUGCUGAUAUCGGAAAAGGUCCUGAAGAACGGCAAUUCAAGGGCUUGGGUGACUGUAUAAUGAAAAUAGCAAAAUCAGAUGGAAUUGUUGGCUUAUACCAAGGGUUUGGUGUUUCAGUUCAGGGCAUCAUUGUGUACCGAGCCUCUUAUUUUGGUGCUUAUGAUACAGUUAAGGGAUUAUUACCAAAACCAAAGGAAAUCCCGUUUCUUGUCUCCUUUUUCAUUGCUCAAGUUGUGACUACGUGCUCUGGAAUACUCUCUUACCCCUUUGACACAGUUAGAAGACGCAUGAUGAUGCAGAGUGGUGAGUCUCAACGCCAAUAUAAAGGAACCUUGGAUUGCUUUAUGAAGAUAUACAGACAUGAGGGAAUCAAUGCAUUUUUUCGUGGUGCCUUCUCCAAUAUCCUUCGUGGUACUGGAGGUGCUUUGGUGCUGGUGUUAUAUGAUAAAAUUAAAGACUUCAUUAAUAUUGAUAUUAGAGGUAGUUCAUAA